GCUCCCCGCGGGAGACACGGCGGCGAGCCCUUAACGAGGAGCCGCCUCUGCGCGGUGCAGACCCAGAAGGACGCGGUCCUUGGGGUUUUGGCGGGAUGCUGGGGACAGCCCCACUGAGGGGUCGCCCUGCUGGGGGCCAGGUCUGAGCCUCUGCUGCCCUCGAGGCAGCGUCUUCCAGCGUCCCCAGUGUCCAGGUCCCGGGGCAGGUCAAGGGCGGGGACAAGUCCUGGGGCGCGGGGGAGGGGCAGGGCAGGACCCAGUGCGGAGUCUGGUAGGGUCCGGGUCAGCUCCGGUGCAGGGAUGGCAGGGACAGAGUCAGUGUCAGGUCUUCGCAGGGAUGGCAGAAACAGGGACAGGGCCGGAUCUCGGUGAAGGGGUGACAGCGUCAAUAUCAGGGUCAGGUCUUGGUGCAGGGGGUGGUGGGGACAGGGUCAGCAUCCAGUCCGUGCAGGGAAUGGCAGGGUCAGCGUCAGGUCUCAGUGCAGGGGAUGGCAGAGGCAGGUACAAGGACAGGUGCAGGGGAUGAUGGGUCCCGACGUGGUGUAGGGAUUUAGAGUGUGUGGUUGUGAGUCUGUUCCCAGGCCUGGACAACGUUCCGGGGACCCUGACGUUGUUGUUCCCCGCCAGUUACAGAAACGGACGAAGUCUUAGUUGUGCAAUAACCCCGUCCACCUGAUCCCACAGGCUGCACCCUACUUUGCAAACUCGGCGGGCAUGCGGGGGCAAGUGAAUGGACGAGGUGGCCUCUUCCAGUUCGUGGUGGGCGUCUCAGUUGCUGCGCCAGCUGGCUGGACUGCCCUCCCUAUCCAGGGCAGACGCUGAGCCCGCUGUCAGAAAGCUUUGGGCCUCGCUAGUGUCGCUCAGAGCCCAGCGAGGGAGUGUAGCCGCCUGCCGUGUGCGGACGGUCCCUCGAAAGCACCGCCCCCGAGCGCAGCGUCCCUUGCCAAGCAGGACAGGUCCAGUUCGACUUCCAUAACUUGACACUUACACUCGGGUCUCCCUGUCCUUCCACUUUGCAGUUAACGACUUUAAAAAAUCCGGUUAAGGCGGGACAGCGCACUCGGGAUCUCGCCCACUGCAAUCCUCGUCCGCGAAGCCGAGAACGCCGCUGCCACGCUAAGAGGUUUGAGCCUCGCUGCGCUCCGUUUUCGGCCCCGCGUGGUCGCGUUCCCGCGCUUUCGGCCUGAGGGGUCAGAGGGCGCGGCACGGCGCAGGCGCACGGAGCCGAGGCGGCAGCGGCGGCCAUGGGCGAGGCAGGCGGCGCUGAGGAGGCCUGUCGGCGCGUGGGGGCCCGGGAGGAGUUCGUUAAAGUCCGCAAGAAGGACCUGGAACGGCUGACGACGGAAGUGAUGCAGAUCCGGGACUUCCUGCCCCGAAUUCUCAACGGGGAGGUGCUGGGGAGCUUCCAGAGGCUGAAGAUCGCGGAGAAAAACCUGGAAAGGAAAGAGCAAGAGGUAGAGCAACUGAGGACGGACUGUGCGCACUUCAGAGCCCGCCUGGAGGCCGCGCAGGCUGACAGCAUAAGGGAGAAGAAGGAGAAACUCGCUCUUCGACAGCAGCUGGACGAAGCGAGGCGGCAGCUCCUGCUGCAGGCAGAGUACUGCACGGACAUGGGGGCGGCGGCCUGCACCCUGCUGUGGGGCGUCUCCGCCAGCGAGGACGUGGUCAAGGCCAUGCUGGGAGGAGAGAAAACGCUCAAGUUUUUCAGCAUCACUGCUCAGACCAUGGAGAGUUUCGUGAAGUCGCUGGAUGGGGAUGUCAAGGAGCCGGACUCUGCUGAGAAUCAGUUUGUGUGCGCUCUGGCUGGGGUCAUGACAAAUGUGGCCGCCAUUGCGUGUGGUCGAGAAUUCUUGGUUAACUCAAGCCGGGCUCUGUUGGACACCGUGCUGCAGCUUCUGGGGGACCUGAGGCCGGGACAGUGCACCAAACUCAAAGUGUACGGUGGAUGGUUACUGCUGAUGUCCCUGUACAACGUGAGCAUCAACCUGAAAGGCUUGAAGUACAUCAGCGAGAGCCCAGGAUUCAUCCCGCUGCUCUGGUGGCUUUUAAGUGGUCGCUUGCCAGCAGUGUUCCCUUUCCUUCCGGCCCGGAGAGGUCUGCCCCGUGGUGGAACUGCCGUGAUGUGUGUGGAAGCGCCGGGAGCGCCCGCCGUGUGGACCACCGUCCCCUGGGGAAGCCGCCCGCCUCCGGUGGUGGCACCGCGGUUGUCCUGCGGUAGUCGGCAGUCCGCGGCCACUCCUCCCACCUUGCUGCCGGACACACGCGGCGUUCUCUCCAGUUCCGAAGGAGUCCAGAGGACAGGCACACGUGCCACGGCAGGCUUCGGACUCCUCCAAGGAGACGCGCAGGCCCCGCGCUCAGUUGGGAAGGCCGGGACCGCCGCCCCGAGGAGAGCGAGGCGCGUGCCCAUGCGAACGAGGCCUUGUGUGUCCGUGAGCUCUGACCUUUGUCUGCGGCCGAGUGCCGGUGGCCAGCCUCGUGGUGUAGAUGCACGGCAGCAUUUGAAAAACACCAAACGCUAGAGGUCCGGACGGUCCGAGUUCCAGUUGUUAAAGCAGAAGCCGAUAGGAGCGUUCUGUUUUACAGGCACAGCGGGAACUCCGUCAGAGCCAGGAAGACAGGGAGGGCCUCGCACUCCUGCGCUUCUGCUGCGCCCCGGGCCUGCGAGCAGAGGGAGCGAGAGGCUGCGGCGCUGUGCCUGUGCACCGGCUGGUCUGGCUCUCCGCAGCACCCGCCAGCGGGAGAGGAGGGGCAACGGCGCUGAUGGGGGCACGCUGCA